AUGCCGACAGCCACAGCGGCUGCGAUGAACGACAGGAGGCAUGCUGACGCCGACGAACGGUCUUCGCUCCUACCUACGCUGAACGACCAUCGAGUCAAAGAUGCAGGGCCUUCACGAUGGACAAGGUGGACAAGCGUUCUCAAAGAACACGCCUGGACGCCAUUACCGCACUUUGACUCGAGCGAUGCGCUGCCAACAUCUUACGUGGUGCCUCUGCUGCUGCAGUGCGUCAUCACGGGGUUAGCGGACGCCUCGACUUUCUCGCUGACGGGGACCUGGGUGGGCUUUAUGACGGGCAACAUGGUGCAGAUGGUGAUCAACGCAUUCGACUUUUGGCUACCCUCGUCGUCCAACGCCAGCAAUGAUCAGGAUCGCGUUCGCACCAAGCUCAUGUACAAUCUGAGUGCGAUCGGCGGCUUUAUGUUGGGCUGCCAGGUCACCGCGCUCAUCCUCAAGCGUUUCACCAGCGAGCGUUCCAAGCGCAUGGCGCUCGUGGCCUUCUCGCUGUACCGAUCCGUCAUGACGUUUGGGCUGGUCAUGUUUGGUGCGCAGCAUUCGACGCUGCAGCUGCAGGGUCCGCUGGGAUGGCUGGUGCAUUCCAUCCUCGCAGCGAGCAUGGGGUGCCAGUCGACCUACUCGACCAGCCUCGCCACGCCUUUCUCCAACACGGUGGUGUUCACAGCCACGCUGACGGCCGUGUCGUCAGAUCUGCAUCUGCACAACCUGCGACUCGAGAAGGCCAAGCGCUUCAAGCUGCUCAGCAUCGUCGGUCUGCUCUCGGGCGGCGCACUGUCGCAGGCGGUGCUCAAGCUCGCCACCAAGGCGUCCAGACGCAGCAAGCACGAGGCGGUGCAGCACGCCCUCAUGCUGCUCUCGGCCAUGGAGCUGCUGCUCGGCCUGAGCUGGUUCCUGUGCGGCAUUGCGGCCAGCUCAAAGCAAUACGCUCGUAGAAGAGCUGCACACCUGUCUUCCAGUUAG